AAGGAAAGUUGGUUUUCCCAUCUAUAUAAGAAUGGUCUCAAUUGUAAUGUCGAACACAUGUUUUUUUACUUAAUUCUGGUGUCAGUGCAGUGAUGGGACAAAGGCCACUCCAUUAGUGUGGAACGGAGCUCGAGGAAACUGAGGAGCCCUAGGGUUCCUUUUGACUCAGUCCAGUCGACCCACAUUAUAAAAACCAUUGGAAAGCCAGAAGAAAUGGCACUAUAAAAUGACAAUUGGGCACUCUCUAGUGGAAUGAUACUAGUGAUUUUCAGUGCAGGCUUUAGAUUAAAGUUAAUCAUCUGUGCCCACAAAUUCUCCUCUGUGCCCACAAAUUUACUUUAGAUUAAAGUAAAUGAUGCUAGUGAUUUUCAGUGCAGGCUUUAGAUUAAAGUAAAUCAUCUGUGCCCACAAAUUCUCCUCCUGGAGAAAUUAAUGGCUUGGUUUGGUCCGCUAAAUGCAAAUGCGACCAUGUUUUCAGCACAAGUGGAAGAAUGUGAGUGGAACUACAGUGACAGUUUUGGAUUUCUUUUUGGCAAUGAAUGCUAUUAUAAUCCAGCAUUUGGUGCCAGUGAAGGAUCUCUUGAGGAUCUUUUGGGAUCUUCUCUUCCUUACCCACUAACCUCAAUCGGGAGUAGUGUGAGUGGGGCAAUGAAUGACGUGGGAAGCUUGAAUGAUGAGGUCUCCUUUGCUUUCGAUGCCUCUUGCAUUGGUGGUGCUGAGCACACACAGAGAGGACAUGGAGGUGAGUGUGAAUUGGAUGAAAAUCUUAAUGGACCGAAGCGUGCAGAGCAAUGGAAUGCGAAUAUGCACUCUGUUUGUGCUGAAGUUGGCGUUGCAGAUGCACCAACAAAUAAUAUUGAUUCUGGUGAAGUUGGUCUCGGGGUGCCUGUUAUUAAUGGUGAUGGGAAGAAGCAUGCCCAUGGGUUGCCUGCAAAGAAUCUAAUGGCGGAGAGGCGUAGAAGGAAGAGGGUGAAUGAUCGCCUGUAUAUGCUUCGUUCCGUGGUGCCCAAUAUCUCCAAGACGGACAGGGCCUCAAUUUUGGGAGAUGCUGUUGAGUACUUGAAGGAGCUUCUGCAACAGAUUAAUGAACUGCAGAAUGAGCUCAAGGAAUCUUCAAACACCACUUGUCUGCCUGCUUCCUCGAAGCUCCAGCCCUUGACACAUAAGCACCCACUUUUUCUUUCUAGGGAUAAGGAAGUUUCUCAUCUUUCAGUUCCUAAUCCAGAUGCAGAAUCACCAAAGGUGGAAGUGAGGACAAGAGAAGGCAACAUCUUGAAUAUUCAGGUGUUCUGUUCCAUGAAGCCUGGAUUGCUUCUCUCGACAUUGAGGGCUUUGGAUGGACUUGGUCUUGAUGUCAAGCAAGCAGUUAUAAGCUGCUUCAAUGGGUUUGCACUCGAUGUUUUACAAGCUGAGGUGGAGCAAUCAAUGGGCAAAGAGAUUACAGCCGAGGGGAUCAAAUCAGUGUUGCUGCAAACUACUGCAGGCUAUCAAAGCAAUUUGUAGAAAACACGAAAUCUCCUACAAGUUAAAUUGACUAUCAAACUCCCUCUGCUAUACAAUCAUCCCUUUCUUCCAGCAUUUUUAAUGAGAGCCCAUGGAGAUGUACUUAAUUAGGUUGUAUUUUCCGAAUAAGGCCAUUCAUCAUACAUUGACCGGUUAAAAAACAAUGGAUACCAGUAGACGACAACGCAUCCAUUUCAAAACAAGCUGAGAAUUGCUCUCAUCUUUUCAAAAUGAUUUUGUUACUUGAAGAUGAUGUAUGCUGCAUUCAUAGACGAAUGGCCCGGAAUUUUUUUCUUUUUUGGCAGCUGAAAGAUGUAUUUUAGUUAAGUACAAUGAGUUAUAGACUAUCAGGUAUUGCUUGAAGGUCCAAUGGAUACUGGCAAAACCAUUUUUUUCUUUUGGAUGGAAGAAAUACAUUCCAAGACUGUACUCGUGAUUCUACAGUAUUUAAACAGUAACAUUGUGAAUCAUGUCUUUUCUCUAAAACAGUUUACUGCAGAAUAGCACCCGUAUGAACCAGCAAAGCUGUAACGAUCAUCAGACCAAAAAGAAAACAUUGGUAGACUGUCAGAACGUCUAAGCUUUGUCAUGGCUGAAAGAUCUUUGGCAUCAUAGCCUUUGAAUAAACAUGAGUAAAUUCACCAUACAA